UCAGCCAAUUGCGCGCGUUAUUUGUUGACAUUUGUGUACUGACCCGGCGUUACGGCACUCGAUUGAAAUUUGUUAAUUAUUUAUUUAUUGUUAAAAUUGGUGUACCAUGGGAAUUCUAGGAUUAUCGAAAUUGAUUGCCGAUAUUGCACCAUUUGCAAUUAAAGAAGGAGAUAUUAAAAAUUUCUUUGGUAGGAAAGUAGCUAUCGACGCUUCUAUGUGCUUGUACCAGUUCCUGAUAGCAGUGCGAAGUGAUGGGGCUCAAUUAACAACAGUUGACGGUGAAACUACUUCUCAUCUUAUGGGUAUAUUUUACCGAACAAUCCGUCUUUUGGAGAACGGCAUCAAACCAGUUUACGUUUUCGAUGGCAAACCACCAGAUCUCAAAUCUGGCGAGUUGGCAAAACGUGCUGAACGCCGUGAUGAAGCCAAAAAGGCGCUUGAAAAAGCAACCGAAGCUGGUGACGAGGCUGAAAUGGAGAAGUUUAAUAGACGAUUGGUCCGUGUUACCAAGGAACAUGCAGCGGAAGCUAAAGAAUUAUUGAAAUUGAUGGGAGUUCCUUUUAUAGAAUCACCCUGCGAAGCUGAAGCACAAUGUGCAGCCAUGGUUAAAUCAGGAAAGGUUUAUGCCACUGCGACAGAGGAUAUGGAUGCAUUGACGUUUGGAUCAAGCAUUAUGCUCCGACAUUUGACUUUUAGUGAAGCGAGGAAGAUGCCAGUGAAGGAGUAUUUUUACGAAAAGGUGUUGAAGGGAUUUGAGUUGAAUGAGAAAGAGUUUAUCGAUCUCUGCAUUUUACUUGGCUGCGAUUAUUGUGAUAGUAUCAAAGGCAUUGGUCCAAAACGAGCAGUCGAAUUAAUCAAUCAAUAUCGAAAUAUUGAAACGAUCAUUGACAACAUUGACAAAUCAAAGUAUCCGAUUCCCGAAGACUGGAACUACCAAGUUGCCAGAGAGCUGUUCGUAUCGCCUGAAAUCACGGACCCAAACGAAAUUGAGUUAAAGUGGGUAGAACCCGACGAGGAAGGAAUUGUCAAAUAUUUAUGUGGUGACCGACAAUUCAAUGAGGAACGUAUACGCAAUGGUGUUAAAAAAAUAAUGAAAUCAAGAUCAACGUCGACACAAGGAAGGCUGGAUUCUUUCUUCAAGGUACUUUCAACAACACCUAAACGCAAGCCAGAAGAUGAUAAGAAGAAUGUAAAUAAGAAAAUCAAAUUGAAUAAUUCAUCGGCUAAGAAGGGUCGAAAGCCCAAGUAAAAACUAUUAAUUACAUCAUACCUAAGAAACAUCUCAUAUUUAAGUUUGCAAUGGAAGGAUAGCUUGAAAUUCAGUUAAUUUGGAAAAUUCCAUUAAUUUUAACUAUCGCUCAGUGAAUGUAUUUGCUCUUGACUUGUUUUUUGCAUUUGUCUCAUUUGAAAAGUGGCAUAUUGUCAUUGAUUUUGCUUUUCUCAUAAGCUUUUCGUAGGUUAUGUGACUUUUUUAAAUAAAAUCGGCGUAACACCUAAA